UUGGACUGUUGUUCAGCAGCAGGUUUUGGUUUCAGGAUGAAUUCUGCCGUUCUGGUUCUGCUGCUGUUCUGUUUGUCUCCAGCCGUCAGUCGGGGACAGUUGGUGGAUUCUGUCCCUCAACAGCACGUGUUGGAGACUAGAUUGGAAGAUGUUAUAACAGAGGAGGACAUGAAAACGGAGGACGAUGUGGCGACGGACGACAUUAUGAAGAUGGAGGAAGACGACGUGACAACCAGAUUGGACGACCUGAGGACGGAGGCCGGCGUCCCUCCAGAGCUCGCUGUUCUCUGGGACGAGCUGAGGGGUCUGAAGGAGCUGGUCCUCAGCGUGAAGACGGUGGAGGUGGAGCGGCGUCAGGCCCUGAGGAGCAUGGAGAGCCGGCUGAGGGACCGGGAGGUGGAGGCCUGGCUGCAGAAACGCAGCCUGGACGGACUGGAGGAGACAGCGGUUCGGCAGAACGAGGAGCUGAGGAGCACCGGGGAAAUUAUGGAGGCCAACAGGAAGCUUCUGACGGAGCUGAACUCCGAUCUGAAGAGGAAGAUGGAGGAGCAGAGCAGAGCUCUGGCGUUGGAGCUUUCCUUCCUGCAGACCAGACUGAGGGCGAGUGAGACCACUGUGGAGCAGCUGAGGAGAAAAAGCACAGUUCUGGCAGUCAGAUUGUGUAACACUGAGCGUCUGAUGGAGGAGCUGACGAGGCCGACAUCAGCAGUCCAGAAUUCUAACAGUUCUUCUCAGGCUGCAUCGUCUGAUCUGGAGGAGCUGAACACAAAUACUCGAGAGCUGGAGGUCAGACUGAGAGUCAGUGAGGAAGAUCUGGAGAACCUGAAGAGGGAGCAUACAGUUCAGUCUGUCCAACUUUCCUUGGUGGAGUCCAGACUGACAGAGAACCACAACAACACAACAGAGCUGGAGGUCAGACUGAGAGUCAGUGAGGAACAUCUGGGGAACCUGAAGACUGAAAACACAGUUCAGUCCGUUCAACUUUCCUUGAUGGAGUCCAGACUGACAGAGAACAUCAAAAACACAACAGCUCUGGAGGUCAGGCUGAGAUCGAGUGAGACGCAACGGGAGCAGCUGCAGAAUCACACUGCAGCUCUAGAGGUCAGACUGAGAGUCAGUGAGGAAGAUCUGGAGAACCUGAAGAGGGAGCAUACAGUUCAGUCUGUCCAACUUUCCUUGGUGGAGUCCAGACUGACAGAGAACCACAACAACACAACAGAGCUGGAGGUCAGACUGAGAGUCAGUGAGGAACAUCUGGGGAACCUGAAGACUGAAAACACAGUUCAGUCCGUUCAACUUUCCUUGAUGGAGUCCAGACUGACAGAGAACAUCAAAAACACAACAGCUCUGGAGGUCAGGCUGAGAUCGAGUGAGACGCAACGGGAGCAGCUGCAGAAUCACACUGCAGCUCUAGAGGUCAGACUGAGAGUCAGUGAGGAAGAUCUGGAGAACCUGAAGAGGGAGCAUACAGUUCAGUCUGUCCAACUUUCCUUGGUGGAGUCCAGACUGACAGAGAACCACAACAACACAACAGAGCUGGAGGUCAGACUGAGAGUCAGUGAGGAACAUCUGGGGAACCUGAAGACUGAAAACACAGUUCAGUCCGUUCAACUUUCCUUGAUGGAGUCCAGACUGACAGAGAACCUCAACAACACAACAGCUCUGGAGGUCAGGCUGAGAUCGAGUGAGACGCAACGGGAGCAGCUGCAGAAUCACACUGCAGCUCUAGAGGUCAGACUGAGAGUCAGUGAGGAAGAUCUGGAGAACCUGAAGAGGGAGCAUACAGUUCAGUCUGUCCAACUUUCCUUGGUGGAGUCCAGACUGACAGAGAACCACAACAACACAACAGAGCUGGAGGUCAGACUGAGAGUCAGUGAGGAACAUCUGGGGAACCUGAAGACUGAAAACACAGUUCAGUCCGUUCAACUUUCCUUGAUGGAGUCCAGACUGACAGAGAACAUCAAAAACACAACAGCUCUGGAGGUCAGGCUGAGAUCGAGUGAGACGCAACGGGAGCAGCUGCAGAAUCACACUGCAGCUCUAGAGGUCAGACUGAGAGUCAGUGAGGAAGAUCUGGAGAACCUGAAGAGGGAGCAUACAGUUCAGUCUGUCCAACUUUCCUUGGUGGAGUCCAGACUGACAGAGAACCACAACAACACAACAGAGAUGGAGGUCAGACUGAGAGUCAGUGAGGAACAUCUGGGGAACCUGAAGAUUGAAAACACGGUUCAGUCUGUUCAACUUUCCUUGGUGGAGUCCAGACUGACAGAGAACCUCAACAACACAACAGCUCUGGAGGUCAGGCUGAGAUCGAGUGAGACGCAACGGGAGCAGCUGCAGAAUCACACUGCAGGUGAGCUGAAGGUGGCGUUCUCAGCUGGUCUAACUGACCUAGGAUCAGUCGGACCAUUUGACGAGGAGAGGACUCUGAUCUUCUCCAAGACCAUCACCAACAUCGGCCGAGCCUACAACCAGACUGCAGGUGUCUUCACCGCUCCGAUCAGAGGACUUUACUUCUUCAGCUUUACGGCCACAGAUUACCUGAAGGGGUACAUGGGUCUCCACCUGUACAGGAACAACCAGCCUAUCGUCUUCAGCCUGGACCUGAACGACCAUGGUGGCUACGCGUCCACGUCCUGCGGCGUGGCGCUCCAGCUCGAGGCAGGCGACGGCGUUCGCCUCAGCCUGCCGGCCAGCUACCGGCUCUACGACGACUCGCGGAACUUCAGCCUCUUCUCCGGCUUCCUGCUGUUCCCACUCUGACCCCGAAACAGCGAGAGCUUCUCUCAGCAACACACUCACUUUAGGUAUCAGACCGGACUUUUAUUUUAGGGCCCUGGGAUGGACUAACGCCUGAAUAAUAACGAUUUAAGAAAAUUAACUCAAACUUUUAUUACAUUUUGAUAAAAACAGAAACUUAACUUUGACCUGUUUGUUAGUGUUAAAAUAUUAAAGUGUUGCUUUGAUGCCAUACAAAAACAUCAAGGUGUGACCUCUGGAGACAAAGAGUCUGAUCAGUAGAAUAAACACAAACUACAAAUGUUGUUGAGUUUCAAGUGAACUCAGGAACAAAGAUUUACAUCAAAUAAAAUGUUACACAGUU